CUGUGUUUGUUUUGAAAAGAACUUUUGUGUUGAUAUUUUUAAUUUGUGAUGAAAAGCUUUUGUAUCGUAAAUUAUUACAGAAAAUUCCUGAAAAAUGUGCAGAUACGGAACUACUGCAGCGUGGAAAAGGGAAAAGAAAAAAAUGAUAUCAAUAAAAUUCGAAAUAUCGGCAUUUUAGCACAUAUAGAUGCAGGUAAAACUACAACGACGGAACGUAUGUUGUUUUACUCCGGCACUAUCCGGUCCAUGGGCGAGGUACACCAUGGCAACACAGUCACUGAUUACAUGGAACAAGAGAGACAAAGAGGAAUCACUAUUACAUCUGCAGCGGUAUCGUUCCCAUGGCAAGGGUACCAGAUCAAUUUAAUUGAUACUCCAGGUCAUAUAGACUUUACCAUGGAGGUGGAACAGAGUCUUGCAGUUCUGGAUGGAGCUGUUGUUGUGCUAGAUGGCUCUGCUGGUGUAGAAGCUCAAACAUUAACAGUAUGGCGUCAAGCCAACGGGUACAAAGUGCCCCGUAUCCUGUACCUCAACAAAAUGGACCGUAGUGACUCGGACGCUAGAGCGUGCGCGCGCUCAGUGGAGGACAAACUACGGGUCACUCCACUACUGCUGCACGAGCCUAUACAUCAUGAGGGGAAGCUUAUUGGUCUUACAGAUCUAAUAACAUUGGAGGAAAUAAUCUGGACAAAAGGCAGAGGACAACAUUAUAUAAAACGCAAACUUACUGAAAAAACCGACGGAAAAAAAUGGGAAUCAACCUUAACCGAGCACCGAAAAAUCAUAGACACGCUCUCUUCUCUAGACGACAAACUCGCAGACACAAUUAUACAGCAGGAAUCGUUGGAUAAUUUGGAUUAUACAGAGAUUAUACAAGCUGUACGGAGAUGUACAAUAAAUAUGACUUUGUUUCCCAUUUUGUGUGGGAGUUCAUAUAAGAAUAUUGGGGUGCAAACUUUAAUAGAUGGGGUUAUUUCGUAUUUACCCUCUCCUGUGGAAAGGAGUGGGGUUUUUAAGGGUUUUGGAUCUGAUUUGUCCGCAAGAGCGUUUAAGGUGCAACACGAUGACCAGAGAGGGGUGCUGACGUUUUUAAGGGUGUAUAGUGGAGAGAUAACCAAGGGGCAGAAGAUCUAUAACUUGUCGAGGGAUAAGAGUGAGCAGACAGGGUUACUGUACGUGGCUUUGGCGGACGAGUACCAGCCCGUGGAGAGAGUCACUAGUGGAAACAUUGCUGUCGUCAGCGCACUUAAGGCAACCAUGUCUGGUGAUCUAAUAACCACAAACCAAGCGGCAACGAACCGCGCGAGAGAGAAACUAACUUCCUUGCUCAAAGACCCCGCUGUGUGUGAGGAGUUAGUCCACCCCAGCGCUAAGCACCGACUGCAGGCCAUGGACACGGAGCCUACUGCUGAGGACAUUGCUGAUAUGCUGCUGGGGAUUGGCAACACUGUCCCAGAGCCCGUGUUCCUCUGCUCCAUCGAGCCUCCCAGCGCAGCGUACCAGAACGCGCUCGAGACAGCACUUGAGGAGUUGCAAAGAGAAGACCCCAGCCUCAGGGUCACCACUGAUGAGGACACUGGUCAAAUGGUGCUUGCUGGUAUGGGCGAACUACACUUAGAAAUCAUAAAGGAGAGAAUAAUCCGCGAAUACAAGAUUGAUGUAGAACUUGGUCCACCGCAGAUCUCUUACAAAGAGACGUUGGUAGGGACGGCCAAGCAAACAAUGACCAUAGACAGGAAAAUCGGCAGCGCCAAGCAAAUGGCCAAGGUUGUGAUGUCGGCCAAGACUGUCAAGGGAAUCACGCAAGAUAAGGUGCUUAGGUUGGACAAAACAGCGGACAGUGCUGCCAACCUAGCGCACGUACACCCGCGGUACAUGCAAGCCAUUCGACGCGGAGUGGACGCCGCAUUACUACACGGACCCAAACUAGGAUGCCCUUUGGUGGACGUGCAGGUGACGCUGCACUGGUUCGAGGUCGGUCGCGGCACUUCCGACUCCGUGGUCGCCGCCACCGUCACCCAAUGUCUUAGGAAGGUAUUUGAAGAAGCGGAAUCAGUUCUCCUAGAGCCUGUGAUGUUUUUGGAGUUAGUUUGCCCGGAGUCUCACUCCUCGAGGCUGCUGGCCGACCUGGCGAGAAGGCGGGCUGAUAUACAGCAUAUACACUUGAGACAUAAAAAUAAGGUAGUCGAAUGUCUAGCGCCACUGUCAGAGCUGCUGGGCUACUCGUCCACGCUGCGCUCGCUCAGCUCAGGGCUGGCCAGCUUCACCAUGGAGUUCCACUCCAACAGGCAAAUGUCGCCACACGACGAGGAAAAGGCCAUUCGCAGUGUCACCGGGUUUUAGAUUAGAGAUACCGCGAGUAUUUAGCGAUUAUUCGCCAUCCGAAUUCGAAUAGUUGAAUUAUUCGCCAAAAUUAUUCGACUCCAAAAACGAUUAAUUAGUUAUAAAUAGGUAACAAUAACAUCUCUAGUGAUCUCAACUCAUGACUUCCUUGUCGGGUUUUCUACCUAUAUGGGUUACAGCCUACCAAAAAAAUGAAUUGAAUUUAUUAAAAAUAGUUAGGUGCUUUACCAAUCUUGUCAGUUAUUGUUGAAUUCUAUUAUUAUUGUUGAUUUCAAAGAUCCUAUAGUAUAGAUACUACAAUAAUUUCUAAAUAAAUGAUAAUUAUAAUGAAACUUAAUUAAAAUUAUAUUCUUUCUUAUUUAAACCUGUAAUUGUUCCUUUCAAAUUUAAAUUAGACAAAUUAUUUGCGGUUGUCGAAUAAUAGACACUUAUUCGCUAUUCGACGAAUAAUGCAAAAUGACGAA